AUGCGCUGUUAUGCACUGCGGCCAUCUUGUGCUGGCGGUCUCGCUUGCAUUGUUUCAGGCCGGGUUGGUGGGGGCCGGCUAAAGUGUGAGAGAAACAGAGAAAGUGAAGCAAGAAAGGAAAAUAUCUGCCGAAUCGCCUUCCUCCCCCGUAUCCGAGGAAAACCCGAGUCCCCCUAUUCCUUCUUCCUUUCCAGUAGGUUACCCUCCGGGUCCCAGGGCAGAGCGGAGCCCACAGCUUGGAACCAUGGAGGAAGAUCUACCCAAAACGCUGUAUGUGGGCAAUCUCUCUAGGGAUGUGACAGAACCCUUGAUCCUUCAGGUGUUCAGCCAACUCGGUCCUUGCAAAAGCUGCAAGAUGAUCAUGGAUACUGCUGGAAAUGAUCCCUACUGCUUUGUGGAGUUCUUUGAGCACCGACAUGCAGCUGCAUCAUUAGCAGCUAUUAAUGGUCGCAAGAUACUGGGCAAGGAAGUAAAGGUGAACUGGGCCACUACACCAAGCAGUCAGAAAAAAGAUGCAAAUAGUAGUUCCGUUGUGAGCACACUGCGUUCUCAAGAUCAUUUCCAUGUCUUUGUUGGUGACUUGAGCCCAGAGAUCUCGACUGAUGAUAUAAAAGCUGCAUUUGCACCAUUCGGGAGAAUAUCAGAUGCCCGUGUGGUGAAAGAUAUGACAACUGGAAAAUCUAAGGGGUACGGAUUUGUGUCCUUCUUUAAUAAAUGGGAUGCAGAAAAUGCCAUUGCACAGAUGGGAGGCCAGUGGCUUGGGGGUCGACAGAUUAGAACUAAUUGGGCCACAAGAAAACCUCCAGCUCCUAAGAGCACCUUUGAAUCCAAUGCUAAGCAGUUGACCUAUGAGGAAGUUGUCAACCAGUCAAGUCCCAGCAAUUGUACUGUGUACUGUGGCGGUGUCACAAGUGGGCUGUCAGAACAACUCAUGAGACAAACCUUUUCGCCUUUUGGUCAAAUAAUGGAAGUCAGAGUGUUUCCAGAUAAAGGCUACUCCUUUGUAAGGUUUAGUUCCCACGAAAGUGCUGCUCAUGCUAUUGUCAGCGUCAACGGAACUACUAUUGAGGGGCAUGUGGUGAAGUGUUACUGGGGAAAAGAAACUCCAGAUAUGCUGAAUCCUGUUCAGCAGGUAAGCGAGGCAAGCCAAAUUAGUUUUCCCCCACCAUAUGGCCAGUGGGGUCAGUGGUACGGUGGGGCUCAACAAAUAGGCCAAUAUGUGCCCAAUGGAUGGCAAGUGCCAGCCUAUGGAGUGUAUGGACAGGCAUAUCAGCAGGGAUAUAGUCAAACUCCAUCAUCUGCCGCGACAUGGGUGGGACCAAAUUACGGGGUGCAACCUCAGCCAGGGCAAAACGGGACUGUGAUCACCAACCAAACUGGCUACCGAAUGGCUGGAUACCAAACACAAUGAGAGGAAGGACUCCAAGCCACAUUGGCAGCCUGAUGCUGGCCCAUUUGUUUACUUUCAUACAUUAUAAAAUUACAUCAACACAGAUGUCAAAUACAGUAUAUUUAUUAAAACAACAAAAACCCAACCAUUUUUUUUUUUAAAUCAUAAAACUUUCAUCCAUUUGGUUGAAAACAAAACACAUACUAGAAAUGCUGGAUGUUUGCCAAUUUUUGCCUUCCAUUUUUUUUUGUUUUAAUUAUUUUUUUUUUUUUUUUUACAAGUUACUUAACCCUGUGUCUCACAAAGAUAUCAGCCAAAUCUUUUCGGCAGUAAAAAAAAGGGUUAAGUUCCUUUAUUUGAUAAUAAAAAACAAUGCAGGGAUCACUGCCACUUUGGGCAGAAAUUGCACAAAAAAAAACCUUUUUUUUUUUUGUUUGUUUUUGUUUUUCACUGAAGUAGUGUGCAGUUUUAGAUUGCAUUCCUAAUAUGAUAUGAGAUGUAUUAUAAAGUCGAAUUGUACAAAUUUUUGAUGCUUAAGGUUGAAUUUUUUUCCCCCCUCCAUUUAAAGUCUUCACUAUGGGGGAGGGAGGGCAAUUUUUAUUUUUCAGAUUAUACCCAUUGUUAAACAUACUUUAGUAUCAAAGUUUUUUUUUUUUUUUAACCGUAUUUUGCCUUAGUCAUGUAGCAUAAAUGGACUGUAUCCCUGGUUCCCUCCAGCACUAAAAGUUACCCACAUCAGAAAAAAUGUGACUUGAUCUGAGCCUGUAUGUUAGCUAUUGUAUUUCAUUUGUUUUUGGGAGACUUUUUCCUCUUUCCCCCUCUUUAGAAAGGUGCCUAUGAACAAAAUCCUGGCUGGAGUCAUUUUUUUCUGUGAUCAAAAAAAAAAAAGAAAAUGAUAAAAUAUCUCAAACAGUGAUAAAUGUGAUCAAUUUUCCAUUUAUGUGCACUGGGCCUUUUUCCUUUUUUUAAUACUUUUUUUUUUUAAAAAAGUCAGGAAAUCUUGCCGUUGUUUUAAUGCGCAUAGAACUCAACAAGCCAGUAUUUUAAUGGCUGCUUUUUUUUUUUUUUUUAAGAAUUCGGUGCAAGCCGGUUGUUUAAUUGACUGACUUUGUGUGGCCUGAUCUGAAUCUCGAAAUACGGGGGUUUAUCUGCCUAACUGGACGGUUUAUUGCACUGCUUACAGUGAUGUUAACAAGGAACAAUCGUGAAAGGAAAAAUAAAAAUACUUGCACCUUUAAAA